UCCUGUGCAUCCUCUGGGAUGACUGCUCACGUGCCAGGCCGUGUUAAUGAAACUGUCCUUUUCCACCCAUUGGGACAGAGGAGGAUCCUAGUCUGAGACCAAUGGAAACCCAAAGAGGCAUUUGGUUUUGGGCAGGUCCAUAUAGAAGGGAAGGCUUGGCAAAGAGUAUUUAGAAGCUUAUGAGAGGCAAUGACAGGUAGCUGGCCACAUCCAGGGAACAGGAUACAAAGGGGGAAGUUAGAGGCAUCUCAAGAUGGCCAAGAUCCUGAUAAUGCUAUUGCUGCUCACCCUCCUCAGCCAAGUGUUUUGCCUGCAGUGUAAUACGUGCCACGGGGAAUACAACUGUGUUGGAGAGAACGUGACCUGCGAUGAUCCCUCAGCCAGCUGCACAACAUCAGUUCGAAAGGCCUAUGUCUCCUUUCUGGAAUUCCAGUCCGUGAGGAAAGGCUGCGCUCGCCAGUUCUAUCCCUCUGAAUCUAUUUCCCUGACUUCACAUCUCAUGUCUCUUUCGUACCAAGCACACUAUUGCAUGGAGGAUGGCUGUAACAACGAGACCUACUUUGUCUCUCAUCCUGCCCCAACCAAUCACAUGCGCUGUCACACCUGUGCCUCCCAGGGAGCCUGGUGUCCUGAAGCUUCUCGCACUCAGCUCAGCUGUGUUGGGAAUCAGGACCAAUGUGUGGAUCUUGACAUCACAGGGAAGCUGGGUCAUUAUUCCAACCUCAAGCUGAAAGGCUGUACCAAUCUCCCCCGGUGUGAGGAUACCCUGAGCUUUUACUCAGGAGGCCAGACCAUCCAUGCCAGCUGCUGUGAUACUCCACUUUGCAACACCUUCACCCCAGAUUUGCAUGCGCAAAGCCAGGCAGCAAACGGAUUGGAGUGCUAUAGCUGUGUGGAUGAAGAGGGCUCUGGUGCUGGUUGCACCAACCAAACCAUCUCUAAAGUGCAGUGCACUGGCAUCAAUAGCAUGUGUCUGGAAGGGAUUGGCAACAGUCGUAAAGCUGGGAAAGAUGUGAGCUUCGUGACUUUCAAAGGCUGUGCUUCUCCUGCCAUGUGCCAAAGCUCUCUUUUAGCCUUAGUGCAAGAACUGGACAAUGCUGAUAUCAUAUGCUGCCAAGGGAAUCUCUGCAACGACCGCAUUGUAGAUGGUGUCAUCACAAUACCCAGAGUCCCUGCUGAUAGCCCUGAAUACUUUGAGGAAGUAGAAUGUGCCACGCCCAGCCCCACACCAUCUGGGCUCAUACCAGAUCCUGAUUGCUUCUAUUCAGAUGAGGCGGAAGAUGGUACCAUGGUGGUAGUACAGUCACCUACUGGUGAGGUCCCAUCUCCUGGAAACCACACUGAUGGGGAGACUGUAUACCUUGCUGAUGAAAAGGAAGCUAGUGAGAAUUUUGUUAAUGAGAGUGACACCCGGCCAUCUUCCCAACAUGACCAUGUAUUUGCAGGUGGAAAUCCAUAUGAGGAGAAUAUUUUUGGAAAUUCUUCUGAAAGCAAUGCAUCCUCCCCUACAGGUGUUUCAUACUCUGAGCAUGGUUCUUCAGGCAGUUCCUCAGCUAUAACAACCUUGGACACAAGCAAUUCAAGUAGCAGCCCCCCCUCUUCUGGCAAUUAUGGUGGUGUUGCUGUGCUGAUACCAUUCAUUAUUCCCAAGAGAAACACUACUAACACUGCUACCACUUCCUCCUCCAUUGAGACAGGUGCCUCCAAAGAGGUCUUGACAGCUUCUACCAAUGAUAAUGACUCAGCAAGUGAAGAAUGUGAGGCAGAAGAGGAGGGCACCACCACUGGGGAACACUUCAUGGUCGCCAAUGAGAAUGACCAUGAAGGUUCUCCUUCCACCCCCCCUGCAUCCUCUUUUUAUGAAAGUGGAACCCCAGAAAACACCUCCAGCUCUGCUGAAGACACUCCCAAUGCUGGUGUCUUUGUCAGAGGAGAAAACAAUAAUGAAUUGGAAUCCUAUUCAUCUUCCACAGAAAACACAUAUAAUGUUUCUGUUUUAACCACAGAGGAACAUGGAUCUCCUCAUUCUCCUGUCACUGAUACCUCAGGAAGCACCAACAUGGAGGGUGGCCAUGGAGCAACUGGUGAUAAAAACUUUGUUGUUGAUAACAGUAGUCUCGUAUCAGCCCCCACCAGCAAUAGUCUACCUUCAGAUGGCAUAGCCAGCAAUAUUCUUCCUAUCUCUAACAGCUCUUUCAUCACAGAAGGCAAGACUGGUACCUCCCGUCCCAAAAACAAGAUUCCAUGCAAAUGGCCAGGGUCUCAAAAACUACCUGGAGUGAACCUGGUGUCUUCAUCUGGAACAGGCAGCCCAGUCACAGAAGAAGAUGCUAUCAGGAAUGCUGGCACUUCAUCCUACAGUAACGCUAAAAGUCCAGAACGCAACGCAGCAGGAAAAGUCAACCUUGACAGCAGAGCUCUUGGCCUCUCCUCUCAUUUUGGGCUCUUCUCACUCACUCUUUUGUUAGCUGCCCUUAUACCCUUAGUUUGUUAA